AUGAAGGACACAUCAUCAAAAAAACAAGACACCAUUGCAAUAAGUACCCAUAUCAAUUCAGGACCUCCUGCAAGGUAUCAGCUGGUAACAAAGAAACAGAAUCUAGAUGAUGAAGGCCUGCUCAGAAGAUGUACCUUUGGAGAGAGAGAUCACAGUAAGCUCAACAAAACCAUUCUGAUAGUGAGAGAGACAGGAACAGGGAAGUCAACUCUGAUCAAUGCCAUGGUCAAUUACAUCCUGGGUGUGGAGUGGGAACAUAAAGUCUGGUUUGAGAUCAUUGAGGAGGAAAAAGGAAUUCAAAGUGAAAGUCAAACUACAGCUAUCACUAUGUAUGAAGUCUUCGGGUGUGAGGGCCUGAGAGUCCCCUACUCUCUCACCAUCAUUGACACUCCUGGGUAUGGAGACACCAGAGGGAUCCAAGAAGACCAACUGAUCUCUGAAAAACUGUUGGAGAUGUUUAGGUCUACCAAUGGGAUUCAUCAAAUUGAUGCUGUGGGUUUAGUGGUGAAGGCAACUGAGAAUCGACUCAAUGACAGACAGAAGUACAUCUUCGAUGCAGUUUUGUCUAUAUUUGGCAAAGACAUGGAGAAGAACAUUGUGACCCUUAUCACACACUCAGAUGGGAGGCCCCCAAAGAAUGCCCUUGGAGCUAUUACAAGAGCAAACUUUCCCUGUGCCAAAAAUGACAGGAAUCAACCUGUUCAUUUUACAUUCAACAACUGUCAAUGUGAAGUCUUUGCUGAGGAUGAUGAGGAUUGUGAGGAGUAUGUGUCUAGUCAGAAGACAUCCUGGGACAAGGGAGCAAAGUCCAUGGACAAGUUUUUCAACUAUAAAAUAGAACCGAAAAGUGUGAAGAUGACUGAAGGAGUUCUGAGAGAACGCAAAUAUCUGGAGGCGUGUGUCAGCAACCUACGCGAGUGGAUCCACAUGGUUGAUCUGAAGCAGGAUGAAAUCAAGCAGACUCAAGAAGCACUCAAGGAACACAAGAAUGACAUUGAGAAAAACAACAACUUUACAUAUACUGUUGAAGAGCCGUACAAAGAAAAGGUUCCUACAAAAGAGGGGAAUGCAACUACCUGCACAGUGUGUGAGGAGAACUGUCACUAUCCAGGCUGCUGGUGGGUCAGUAAUCUCUCAUGGUGCAGUGUGAUGCAGAACAACUGCUGCACUGUGUGUACUGGCAAAUGUCACUACACCGAUCAUGUCAAAGGAUAUAAAAUGUAUGUUGCAAAGACCAGGCAGGUUACAAGGACAUAUGAGGAAUUGAAAAAUAAGUAUGAAUUAGAGAAAGGGAAUGUGAUCAUCAGACUUCAGGCUGAGUUGGAGCAAUUCACUCUCCAGAAUGCCACACUGGUGGAGGAAUCAUACCAGCACCUCAUCAAACUGGAUGAGAUCGCUUUGAAGUCCAUCUCUCUGUCCGCUGCUCUGCAUCUUGGCUUCCUGAUUGACAAGAUGAAGGAGACAGGAGAAACAAAGAAGGUUCAGAAACUGGAAGAGAUGAAGAAGAGAGCUGAGGAACACAAGGGAGCUUUAGAUUACUUUAAAGCUGGUGUAUGA